GAAUAUCUAUUAUCUACUAUUAAAUUAAUUAUUAAUAAAUAAAUACAAUAUUAGUUUUUAGUUUUUUUUAGUGUUUUUACUAUUACCUCGUAUUUAAUACAAUAUCCUGACUAGUAUUUUGAAUUUAUGUUAUUCAGUGUCAUUACUGUCAUUGAGUUUUUGAAUUUAUAAUCGUAUAUCCGUAAGGACGCUGGUCUCUUAGUCCGUGUUAUUUAGUAAUAUAUUAUAGGGGCUAGUAUAUGUUAUAAUAUUUACAAGCAACAAAAAAAUGGAGGUAAAAAAUCCACAAGUAGCCGUACUCUGUAAUAACGAGGUUUUUGAAUUACUAAAAAAAUCUCAAGAAAAUACAAAACUCAUUGGAGGCAUGAACCAUUCAACAAUUUUAUAUGAGGUUAACAAGUAUUUAGAGCAAAGACCAUGUGCAGAACAAAAUGCAACUAAAAUAAGAGAAUUCCUGAUCGAAUUAAAAGAUAUGCCAAUUAAUCUGACAAAGAAAGAAAAACUGAUGUUAGUCAACGAUCCACCAGACUCUGUUUUACAAUUAUCCUUGGGUAUUAAAGAUUUCUAUGAUAGACUCAGCGAACCAGAAACUGAAAUGCUAUUAUAUGCUACAAAAAAAUUUUCUGGACAAUUUGAAAUUAUUACUAAACAAGAACGAGUAGAAGAAGAAGAAGAAGAACAUUAAUGAAUAGUGUUUUUUUUUAUGUAAAAUCAAGACUGAUAUAAAUAAUACAAUUUCAUACAAUUAUUUGUAUAUCGCAAAUUGAUUGUGUGAUAUAUUUUAAAAUCUUUA